AUGGCCCGCCCCGGCCUCCUGCUGUGCCUGCUCUCCGCCGCCGUCCUCCCCCUGCUGGGCGGGAGCUCCUCCUUCCUGUCGCACCACCGCCUGAAAGGCCGGUUCCAGAGGGACCGCCGGAACAUCCGCCCCAACAUCAUCCUGGUGCUCACAGACGACCAGGACGUGGAGCUCGGCUCCAUGCAGGUGAUGAACAAGACGCGGCGCAUCAUGGAGCAAGGCGGCGCGCACUUCGUCAACGCCUUCGUCACCACGCCCAUGUGCUGCCCCUCGCGGUCCUCCAUCCUCACCGGCAAGUACGUGCACAACCACAACACCUACACCAACAACGAGAACUGCUCCUCGCCCUCCUGGCAGGCGCAGCACGAGAGCCGCACCUUCGCCGUGUACCUCAACAGCACGGGCUACCGGACAGCUUUCUUCGGGAAGUACCUGAACGAGUACAACGGCUCCUACGUGCCGCCCGGCUGGAAGGAGUGGGUCGGCCUCCUCAAGAACUCCCGCUUCUACAACUACACGCUGUGCCGGAACGGCAUGAAGGAGAAGCACGGCUCCGACUACUCCAGGGACUACCUGACCGACCUCAUCACCAACGACAGCGUGAGCUUCUUCCGCACGUCCAAGAAGAUGUACCCGCACCGGCCCGUCCUCAUGGUCAUCAGCCACGCCGCCCCCCACGGCCCCGAGGACUCGGCCCCCCAGUACUCGCGCCUCUUCCCCAACGCGUCCCAGCACAUCACGCCCAGCUACAACUACGCACCCAACCCUGACAAGCACUGGAUCAUGCGCUACACGGGGCCCAUGAAGCCCAUCCACAUGGAGUUCACCAACAUGCUCCAGAGGAAGCGCCUGCAGACCCUCAUGUCCGUGGACGACUCCAUGGAAACGAUCUACAACAUGCUGGUGGAGACGGGCGAGCUGGACAACACCUACCUCGUGUACACCGCCGACCACGGCUACCACAUCGGCCAGUUCGGCCUGGUGAAGGGCAAGUCCAUGCCGUACGAGUUUGACAUCCGGGUCCCGUUCUACGUGCGAGGCCCCAACGUGGAGGCCGGCUCGCUGAACCCCCACAUCGUCCUCAACAUCGACCUGGCCCCCACCAUCCUGGACAUCGCGGGGCUGGACAUCCCCUCGGACAUGGACGGGAAGUCCAUCCUGAAGCUGCUGGACACGGAGAGGCCCGUGAACCGGUUCCACUUGAAAAGGAAGAUGCGGGUCUGGCGGGACUCCUUCCUGGUGGAGAGAGGCAAGCUGCUCCACAAGAGGGACAGCGACAAGGCGGACGCCCAGGAGAACUUCCUGCCCAAGUACCAGCGCGUGAAGGACCUGUGCCAGCGGGCCGAGUACCAGACCGCGUGCGAGCAGCUGGGACAGAAGUGGCAGUGCGUGGAGGACGCCACAGGGACACUGAAGCUGCACAAGUGUAAGGGCCCGGCGCGGCCCGGCGGCAGAGCCCUGUCCAACCUGGUGCCCAAGUACUACGGGCAGGGCCAGGGCGAGGCCUGCGCCUGCGACGGGGGCGGGGACGACCAGCUGGGCCUGGCUGGGCGCCGCAAGAAGCUCUUCAAGAAGAAGUACAAGGCCAGCUACGCCCGUAACCGCUCCAUCCGCUCAGUGGCCAUCAAGGUGGACGGCCAGGUGCACCAUAUAAGCCUGGAUGAGGCAUCCCUGUCCCGCAAUCUCACCAAGCGGCACUGGCCAGAGGCCCCCGAGGACCAGGAAGACAAGGAUGGCGGGGACUUCAGCGGCACUGGAGGCCUCCCCGACUCCUCAGCCCCCAGCCCCAUUAAAGUCACACACCGGUGCUACAUCCUCGAGAACGACACGGUCCAGUGUGACCUGGACCUGUACAAGUCCCUGCAGGCCUGGAAAGACCACAAGCUGCACAUCGACCACGAGAUUGAAACCCUGCAGAACAAAAUUAAGAACCUGAGGGAAGUCCGAGGUCACCUGAAGAAAAAGCGGCCGGAAGAAUGUGACUGUCACAAGAUCAGUUACCACACCCAGCACAAAGGCCGUCUCAAGCACAAAGGCUCCAGUCUGCAUCCUUUCAGGAAGGGGCUGCAGGAGAAAGACAAGGUGUGGCUGUUGCGGGAGCAGAAGCGCAAGAAGAAGCUCCGCAAGCUGCUCAAACGGCUGCAGAACAACGACACGUGCAGUAUGCCGGGCCUCACCUGCUUCACCCAUGACAACCAGCACUGGCAGACGGCGCCGCUCUGGACACUGGGGCCCUUCUGUGCCUGCACCAGCGCCAACAACAACACAUACUGGUGCAUGAGGACAAUCAACGAGACCCACAACUUCCUCUUCUGUGAAUUUGCAACCGGCUUCCUCGAGUACUUUGAUCUCAACACAGACCCCUACCAGCUGAUGAAUGCAGUGAACACACUGGACAGGGAUGUCCUCAAUCAGCUACACGUACAGCUCAUGGAGUUGAGGAGUUGCAAAGGUUACAAGCAGUGUAACCCCCGGACGCGCAACAUGGACCUGGGACUUAAAGAUGGAGGAAGCUAUGAGCAAUACAGGCAGUUUCAGCGUCGAAAGUGGCCAGAAAUGAAGAGACCUUCUUCCAAAUCACUGGGACAGCUGUGGGAAGGCUGGGAAGGUUAA